AUAUCCACUCUCCGUAGUGUUUUCUCCCUUUUCCUCUUUCGUCCGCUCCUUGUGUGUUGCCGCCGGAGCUGUUCUCCUUCUACUAAGGUUUCCGAUUCAGUUGUCACCGUUCUUAUCCAUCAGGGCGCUUAUAAUUUGGGCGACAUUAUUUUUCUUAUCUACAUGCUCGAGUUAUGGCUUCAGAGUUUGAAACAAUCAAACAACAACAACAACAACCCAGUUAAAUCCCACAAGAGUAGGGUCUGGGGAGGGUGUGUGUACGCAGACCUUACCCCUACUCGAAAGUAGAGAGGCUGUUUCCAAAGAGACCCCCGGCUCGACGUCGAAAGUUGCAUUGCUUGACUAACUGCUACUUCAUUAAUUAAAGAAGCGCAAAUAGUUUAGAGAUCCAUUUUGAUUUAUUCCAUCACACCCAAAGCCAAAAAAUAGUGAAAUUUUGGCUCCAUCGGAGAUGAUGGAAAGGUUAAAAUCUUUUCAAGGCCAGCUUCAGUCAGAGUUUGGCAUUCUUGAUCGAAUUGUCUAUAAAAACAAGAAUCAGCACAGAAGAUGCUCAUACUUUCAGCACCUCUCAAAGGUGAGAAGAGACUUGAGGCUUCUGAAAUCAGCGAAUCUGGAUGAGAUACUCACUUCCUCCUUUGACAUUAUCCAUGGAAAGAGGCCCAAGCAAAAGCUUCACCUCCUGGAAAGUAUGAAGAGAAGAAGAACAGAUGGCAAGAAGCAAACCUUCUUAGACCGGCUCCUCGGCACAGCUCAUCUAUUGUCACAAAUGGUUGAACCAAUGCUGAAGGCAGCAACACAGGUAUCGGUUCUUCUCGCCCAAUCAUUCUUCAUGGGGUUUUCAUUAACUGUCUUGGCCUUGCUGGCUCGAAUCAGAGUCCUCGUUCAACAAAUGCUUCUAGAUGUUGUUUGUGUGUUUAAUUGUGUGUCAUCCAUGUCUCCAAAGAAGCAAUCUGUUAAACUGAACACCGAAGGAUUUGAGGUUUUUAAAGAAUAUUAUCCUGCCAAGGGGCACACUAUUUCCCUAGAAUGUGUAUGGGAAACAGAUAAGUACAAGUUAGUUGAGCGAAAAGGUGAAAGCAAAGAUGAAAUGAAAGAAGACGAAUGCAUGAAACCGCCGAAAAUCCAGUACCAAAGCAUUGAGAUGUUUCUAGGAGAUGAUGAAGUUUCUGUAGAUGGAUCGUCCAUGUUGAAGAACAAAGAGGAUACGAAUUCUUUGUCGCAAAUUCUCAAUGAUGAUGUGGCAUCUCCCGGGAAGAGUAAAGUCUCUCCAGAAAGUGGAUUGUCAUUCCAAUUGAGGCAUAAAUCUGAAGCGAAGCGGAGUGUUGCAUUUGUGCCUGUAAAGAGGCCUUCUCCAUCUUCUUCAUUGCCUGCAUCUGCGAAUGAACCAGGGCUUUCAUUUCAAGUAAUGCAAAAUGGUGAUCGUUUAACUAGAGAAGAAGAAGAAGAUCCUUUUUUCAGUUUACUCACUGGAGGAAACAAGAACAGUGCUUUGUUCUAAUCAUCAUCCGCAUCAGAACCUAGCAAAUUCGUGGCGUGUUUAUAGGAUUAUUGUUUGGUUUAUCUGUCCAAAAAAGGAACUGAUGUUGAAAAUUGCAGAUGAAUAUCUGUUUUGUCCGUAUAUUCACCAGAGGUAAGAACAGAGUUACAUUUUUAUUAAUCUUUUGGUUAAAAGAUUACUCUAUGAGAGACUAUGGGUUGACUUACAAUGUUGAGAGUAUAUAGUUAAAAUUUAGAUUAUAACUUAGAUACGAUGAUUUAAUUUGUUUUUAUUUGACUCAAUACACUGUAAGAACAUGG